AUGCAGUCCAAGGCGCUUGCUGCUCUUCUCCUCGUCGCUCCGGCGCUGGCCAUGCCCCAAGCUACCUCUGUGGCCUACUCAGGUAGCUCCAGUUCCUCCGACUCUUCCGACUCUUCCGAUUCCUCAGACUCCUCAGAUACCGGCUCGGGUCCUUAUGCCUCCCUCGUUUCCAACUACAUGAGCAUUAUAGAGACCGCCGUUCCCACUUCUUGGGAGUUUAUGAACUCCGCCCAAGUAGCUUCGGUCAUGAGCGCCGCCGCAGCUGGUACCUACCCGGCCUGGUACAAUGACCUGCCCGCCAGCAUUAAGGCUGUGGUUACUUCCCUCGGUGGCUUUGACGGGUUGCUCGGUGUCGAACCUUCGAUGACUGCGGCUAUGGGUUCCAGCUCUUCCGAACCUGCGUCUGAGUCUGCCAUGGCUACGACUGCUGCAAGCUCAUCUGGCCCAGUUACUACCGGUACCGAAAUUUCAACACACUCUUCCGCUACCUCGGCUGCUGCUUCCAGCUCCAAGUCGACUACCCCUACAUCGGCGCGGUCGACCGGCAGUGCGCCCAUCGCCACUGCCGGUGUCGCUAUGGGUGUUGCUGGUGCGGUUGGUUUCCUGGGCCUUGCCCUUGCCCUUUAA